CUUGAGGACUACUGUCCUUUUAGAGGCGAGAUGUUGUCCUCUUGUUAGUAUCACACACUAGAUCCUUCUAUGAUCGCAAUUACACGACCGAAAUACCUGCGAAGUAAGCGCCCACAACUCCAUCGCUUUUCGCGCGACAUGAAAUAGCAUCAUGAGAUUUCCUUGGCUUGUACUCCGUAUAUUUGCAUCGAAGCAUUUGCAGAGACAGUGACAACAACACUUUUGCUUCUCAAACACCUCAUAGCUCCUCUCUACUAUAUCAGGAGCAAGUGCCUGGAGCAUGGCACCUUCACACCAACGACCGCCCUUGUCAAGAAAGGGCCUAUCCUCAAAAUCCAACCCGAAAUCUCUCAAAUCCGGCCGUCCACCACUCCUGUCUUCCCUGUCCACGAGGGCCGCCGCCCCAGCUUCUUCCAACGCUUCCUCAUCUCUGUCGUCCAAACACACACGCACCCUGAUCCGCAGCCACCACACCCUACAAAAGCGACUAGCUCGUGCCCGUGCCGAGCAUGACACCCAACUCAUCAAGGAUCUCGAAUCCCAGCUCUCCGCAUCAGGCGGUCUCGCAACGUAUCAACUCGCGAGUACGAUCGGCCAGAGCGCCGAGCGUGGCGGCGACUCGAGCCGGGUCCUGGUUAGAUGGCUAGGGCCUGAACUGUCUUUCCGGAAAUCAAAGUCAAACUCAGCCUUCAGCCCAAAACCAAAACCACAACCACUGAGGAUCCUCGAAAUCGGCGCCCUCAGCACGACGAAUGCGCUCAACAUCCCCGGUGCGACCGUGGUUCGACGUAUCGAUCUGCGCUCCUCCGCUCCUGGCAUCGAAGAGGCCGACUUCAUGACGUUCCCACUGCCGAACUCGCCGGAUGGUAAGGGCGAAUGGCAAAGCGAACGAGGCUACGAUGUCCUCAGUCUCAGCCUCGUGUUGAAUUAUGUCCCCGACGCAAGAGGGCGAGGCGACAUGUUACGCCGGACGACUUUGUUCUUCUCUGAUUCUGAUUCUAAUUCUGAUUCGUCCCGCGCAGGCGCCCGCGAGCGUAUGGCGGACCAGCACGCCUCUACUACUACCACUGUCAAUGUCAAGAAGCGGAAGAGAAAGGAGGAGCAUGAACAGGAGCACGAGCAUGGGACUCCAGACCAGCAGAAGGGCAAUAAUGACGAGCCGGAGCAGCCGUUCCUGUUGCCGUGCCUUUUCGUCGUCCUACCCGCCCCGACUCUGCAUAACUCACGCUAUCUCACGCCCGACCAUCUCACUCUAAUCAUGUCCUCCUUGGGGUAUAUCAACCUCGAGACGAAGACGACGAGCAAACUACACUACAGUCUAUGGCGGUACGACAAAGACAAACGGACGCAGUGGAUCGAAAACGGUGGGCCGACGACAUUUGCGAAGAGGGAGAUCAACCCCGGAGGAGGGAGGAACAACUUCUGCAUCAUUCUCGACGACAGUGUUGUGCCAGACUAGAAUGACUUGCGAGAAAACAAAGCAAGGCCUCGUCCCUUGGUACGCCACUUCACGUGGUCCUUUCAGUGAUUAGCGGACUUGCAUAUCGGCCGAAAUUAUGAUCGGGAGAAAGCCGAUUCUGUCUGAAAGCUUGACGUGGACUUUGUGAUAUCACCUCGACGGCAUUAGCAGAUCCAAACAGAACCAUUAUAUGGCGCGGCUUUGGGUUGACGGUUUGAUCUAUGCAUGACUUCUCAUUCACCUGCUCCGUCUGUGCACGCGCCGGGCCAUCAGGAGUUGUUGGCGCUCAAAUCUAUUCAUUUCAGGGCAGUCUUGUCUACACGAUGCUCGGUGACCAUUUGACAUUGGAAUAGUGCACGAUCUACGGAGUACGGAUUGAUCAAAGGACUUGGUUGUGGUUGAAUUUCUUUCGUUUCCUUUCUCACCCUAUGGACUCUUCUGCAUGCUUUGCUUCGCUCCAGCGAACUGGUACUGCUUGACUAGUUAUACGGCCCUGCUCGGCCGUCACCGAAUGUAUGCU